AGUCCACAGAAUGUUACACCGGACAUUACACUCGGUAGUCGCACUUCUAUUUGAUCAGGCGCUGUGGACACACCAGUGUGGGGAGAGGUUUACCAGUGUGGGGAGGACCUUCCCUACCGGGAUAGAAGUUUCACCAUGCCGACUGUCAGUGUGAAGAGGGAUCUGCUGUACCAGGCCCUGGGCCGGACAUACACUGAUGAAGAAUUUGAUGAACUCUGCUUUCAGUUUGGACUGGAGUUAGAUGAGAUUACCUCUGAGAGAGAAAUCCUUAGCAAAGAGAAAGGUGAUGAUAAAGUGGAAGGAGCGUCCGAUGUUGUUCUUUUCAAGAUUGAUGUGCCUGCCAACCGCUAUGAUCUGUUGUGUCUGGAGGGACUGGUUCGUGGGCUGCAAGUGUUUAAAGAAAGUAUUGAUGCCCCUAGAUAUAAACGUAUUACACCCGCAGACAGUCAGCUACAAAGACUCUUCAUCACAGAGGAGACAGCUGCAGUUCGCCCCUUUGCAGUGGCUGCUGUGCUCCGGAACAUAACAUUCACCCAAGAGCGAUAUGAAAAUUUUAUUGAUCUACAAGAAAAACUUCAUCAGAACAUAUGCAGGCGAAGAACAUUGGUGGCAAUUGGAACCCAUGAUCUGGACACCAUCACAGGACCAUUUAUUUACACUGCAAAGCCUCCCUCCAGUAUAAAAUUCAAGCCACUUAACCAAACAAAAGAGUACACUGCACCAGAGUUGAUGGAGCAUUACCGGACUGACAGCCAUCUGAAACAUUUCCUGCACAUCAUUGAAGACAAACCAGUCUAUCCUGUGAUCUACGACAGCAAUGGGGUGCUGCUUUCUAUGCCACCAAUCAUCAAUGGGGAUCACACAAAAAUCAACCUGAAUACUCACAAUGUAUUUAUUGAAUGCACAGCCACAGAUCUUACAAAGGCUAAAAUAGUCCUGGAUAUGAUGGUCACUAUGUUCAGCGAAUACUGUAAUGAGCCAUUCACUGUGGAGGCUGCUGAGGUUAUUUACCCUGAUGGAAAAAGUUAUUUCUACCCGGAGCUGGAGUACAGGACAGAAACUCUCGCUGCAGACAAAAUAAACAGUAAAAUUGGGAUCAGAGAGACUCCGGACAAGUUGGCUAAACUACUCACACGGAUGUGUCUGAAAUCUCACGUGUUGGAAGAUGGCGAGCAGCUGGAGAUUGAGAUCCCGCCUACGCGAGCCGACAUCAUUCAUGCCUGUGACAUUGUAGAGGAUGCAGCCGUAGCCUUUGGCUUCAAUAACAUUCAGAUGACCAUCCCUAAAACUUACACCAUUGCUAACCAGUUUCCUCUAAACAAGCUGACAGAACUGCUGCGUCAGGACUUGGCUGCUACUGGCUUUACUGAAGCUCUGACAUUCGCCUUGUGUUCAGUCGAUGAUAUUGCAGAUAAACUGGGUGUUCCUGUUUCCGCAACAAAUGCAGCACACAUCGCAAACCCCAAGACUGCAGAGUUUCAGGUGGCUCGUACGACCUUACUGCCCGGCUUGUUGAAGACUAUUUCAGCCAAUCGUAAAAUGCCUCUCCCUUUAAAACUGUUUGAAAUCUCUGAUGUGGUGACAAAGGACAACACUAAAGAUGUUGGUGCACGGAACCAUCGACACUUGUGCGCAGUGUAUUACAACAAGAACCCAGGGUUUGAGGUCAUACAUGGCCUGCUGGACCGCAUCAUGCAGCUCCUUGCAGUCAGUCCUGGCACAGAGAAAGGAUACCGAAUCAAAGCAGCCGAAGAUCCAGCUUUUUUUCCUGGUCGCUGUGCGGAAAUAUUGGCGGACGGCAAAACCAUAGGAAAACUGGGCGUCCUUCACCCCGACGUCAUCACAAAAUUUGACUUGACUCUGCCUUGUUCUGCCCUGGAGAUAAACGUGGAGCCAUUUUUGUGAUCUAGAAUCUGCAUUGGAAAUAGAUUUUAAUCAAACGGGGAGUUAAUACUUAGUCAUCAUGAUCUGUGUCACCUCCGGGUGCACUUACCUCCAGGGCAGUGGCACCUUCUGACCUGUAUGUGCUGUUCAGUUUAUUUCAUUGACUAUGUACUUUGUGUAACAAAUGAUAUCACUGAUUGGUUGUAUUUUAACAGAAUUCUAGGAAUAGCGUACUUAUCAUAGAAGUACGUGGUGAUCUCUGGGAAAGGUGCUAAAGAUAAGAAGAUUUAUACCUAGGAAAUUCUAGUGUUAUUCAUAGAUUUCAUGGGGAAGUCUAAUCUUACUCUAGAGCCUUAUCCUUCUUCCCACGUGGUGUAUUUGUUGGUAAAUUCAACCAAUUUGCAUAAGAUCUGCCAGAAACUUAAAGGGGUACUCCGGUGGGAAACUUUUUUUUUUUUUACAUCAACUGGUGCCAGAAAGUUAAACAGAUUUGUAAAUGACUUCUAAUUUUAAAUCUUAAUCCUUCCAGAGCUUAUCGGCUGCUGUAUAAUACAGAGAAAGUUCUUUUAUUUUUGAAUUUCCUUUCUGUCUGACCACAGUGUUCUCUGCGGACACCUCUGUCCAUUUUAGGAACUGUCCAGAGCAGGAGCAAAUCCCCAUAGCAAACCUCUCCUGCUCUGGACAGAGGCGUCAGCAGAGAGCACUGUGGUCAGACAGAAAAGAAGUUCAAAAAGAAACAGCAGCUGAUAAGUACUGGAAGGAUUAAGAUUUUUAAAAAUAGAAAAAAUUAACAAAUCUGUUUAACUUUCUGGCACUAGUUGAUUUAAAAAAAUUUUUUUCCACAGGAGUACCCCUUUAAUGGUCUAUGGCCGGUUAGUAUGACAUCAUCUGUAGCUCCCUACACCUAACACAUAUCUGUGGCCACCUUCACACAUUCGUACAGUGUUUCUGAAACAGCUGUUGCAAAACUACAACUCCCAACAUGCCCGGACAUCCACAUAAGUCAUCUUAACCACUUAGCACUGGUUCUGCAGAACACCCCUUUAAAAGUAAAGUCAUCUUCUGUCAUACUAAUGCAGUGUUUCCCAACUAGUGUGCCUUCAGCUGUUGCAAAACUACAACUCCCAGCAUGCCUGGACAAUGAAAGGCUGUCCGGGCAUGCUGGAAGUUGUAGUUUUGCAACAGCUGGAGGCACCACGGUUGGAAAACACUGCAUUAGUAUGACUUUACCUUUAAAGGGGUCUUCUGCAGAAAAAUAAAAAGUUAUACAGCUUUGUAAAUUAUUGUUAAAAAAAAAAAAAUCUUAAAAAGGGGUUAUCCAGGAUAAGAAACAGAGCUGAUUUCUUCCAAAAACAGCACCACCCUUGUCCUUAGGUUGUGUGUGUGGUAUUGUUGCUCAGUUCCAUUGAAUGGAGCUAAGUUGUAGUGCCCCACACAACCUGAGGACAGGGGGGGGGGGGAAUACUGUUUCUAGAUAACCCCUAAUAAUAAGCUUUCUUGUAUUGUUAUGCCCCAAUCACACACAGCGCUCUCUGCUGCCACUACUGUCCAUCUCAGGAACUGUCCAGAGCAGCCCUCUUUUGUUCUCCUGUGUUGAGCUGUUCCUAACACAGGUGGCAGCACAGAGCAGUGUCAGAUUAGAAAGUACAUACACGUCUUCCUCUGGGACAUACAGUAACUUAACUAGUGGGAGAAUUGAGGUUUUUUUUAUGGAAGUAGUUAAUAAAUAUUUACAACUUUUUGGCAUGGAGUACCCCUUUAAGACUGGAUUAAGAUGGACAUUACUGAUUGAUGGAGCUCCAGACACAAGCAAAAAAAAUGGAAUUACUCAUUAUGGUAUCUGUCACCUUCCGACAUUAAUACGUUUUUUUGGCCUCACUUUUUGUUCACAUAUUUUUGCUGUUUAGUAAAGCAAGUCACCAACCAUACCGGACGCUAUGCUUGUGUGGGCAUAAGAAGAUGUUGCAUUCGGGUAAGCCUUGGGUCUCCAGUUCACAAUUUUUGCUUCCAUACAUGAGCGAUUUGUCUCAUACACGUCUUUCUUGAAAAGUUUUAUAGGUGUGUAAUGCAGGCUGAGCGACCUUGACGUUCAGUAUUUAUUCCUUUAAAUGAUACGAGGCUCUUCACAAUAAAAUGCUUUGUUACAUU